AUUAGUGGACAAUUUUGUCCGUUUACUUCAGCGCAAUGCUGGAGUCCAGCGUAGGCUAAAUGUCUGUCCAGGAUAUAGCCUGAUACACACGAUACUUACCCUCUCUCAGACCCCUAGUGUUAUUGGAAGUGGUAAGAGACGAUACGGGUAUAUUUACAACAACGCAACAAAUGUGUCUUGACACAAAGGUCAAGUAAGGAGCCAGGAACCUGGGGUCAAGGGGCCCCGUUGAGAUCGUCCACACAAACAACCCUAAACAUAACUGAUGACAUCAUUUUGCACGAAUUUCAAUUCCUGGAUGGCAGUUGCGCGCUAAUCCCACUUCCAUGCCGGAUUUCUAAAACAAGGGGGGCAGGCUGGCAAAUAGACAACAACACCGGAUUGAGGAAAUUGACAAGGGCAUACCAUGUGCAAAACAAACUUGUUUAAAGCUGACAACCAUGCGACACGACGUGUUAAUUUCGAACAUUCAAGUGACCGUCGCCUGCCUCGCGUAUAGGUUAUACCUCCCUUGUCAGUUUAACCUCCACUGUCAUAUAACUGCGGUAAUAUUGCUGUCGGAUUAGUCAUGCAUAUGUUCCUCGUUGCUGUCUUUCUUACGGUACAGCUGCAAGAGACUGAAUCAUGGGGCACCGCAGCCAAAUACGCAGUGAAUUGCCCAGAGCGCUGCAAUGUGGACCUGUGCGGCUCGACGCAGAGGUGCAGACGGACGGUCCUUGAUGAUUGCGGUUGCUGUCAAGUCUGCACAGCGGGGAGGGGGGAACACUGUUACCGCACCGUGUCUGGGAUGCACGGGGUGAAGUGUGGACCCGGGCUCUUCUGUGACUUCUACAAAGACGAAGAUGAUUAUGGUGAUGAGUAUGGCAUUUGCAAAGACUGCCUGUAUGGCACAUAUGGAGUUGAGUGCAGACAAACCUGCAACUGUAAGGCUGGAGGAAUUUGUGACAGAGAGACUGGAGCUUGUCUCACUUUCAUAUUCUUUUCAAAGAUGACCAACAAGAUUAGGGAACAUGGGACCACUGGUGAUGAGAUGGGUUCUGGAGACAGUGGGGAACAUCUCAAAGACAGGUCCACAUCCCCCAAAUGGAAUCCUCGCUGACAGACUUAUUCAUAGUUUGUUCAGCCGCAAUGUAGCAUAUUAAUAACUUAAAGCAACACUAUGUAACAAUUCUACCUUAAAAUAACAGCUUGAAAUAAUUUGUGCCGCUACAAUUACUUUAAAUAUGGAGAAUGGCCUCUCCGCCAUUGCCAUCGGGGGUCUGUAGGGAAAUUACUGCAGUCUGUAAGAUUUCUGGAGCCGCCCAGUCCUUUUUGUCUGCGCAUGCACGACUAGGAUCGGGUACCGAUUUCGAUUCAGAGCUAGCCAUCUUUCUGCUGGAUUAGUAAGUAGUUUAUUUGCUGUCCUUGAUGUUUGACUGUGUUAGCAAAGUUAUUGACUCGCUAGUUUGUCAUAAGCGACGAAAGCAAAUUUCAACAGGUUUCGCCGCUAGGGGGAGCCGCAAGCCAAAAACUACAUAGUGCUGCUUUAAAUGACCAAUUAAUGAUAUAUUUUAUUAUGUCUAAAAUGAAUAAAUCAGAGGUGUGAUUAUUCAGAGUUUUAUACAAUAUUUUCAAAAGCAAUGGUGAAGUGCUGAUUUUAUACCAAACAUGCAAUAUAUUCUCUUUCUCUUACCUCUUUUUGUCUUUCAUCCUAUCUAUGUCUCUUCCUCUCACAAUCAUACUCUCAAAACACACACACACACACACACACACACACACACACACACACUUACAUACAAGGUCUCAAAGGUUUGAUUUGCCAGACCAAAAACAAUAUUCUGAAUGUAGCAAUGUAACCAUACACAAUUUGGUGAUGGUUGAAUUAAAUGUUUGAAGUAUGGGGGUACAGUUCCAUGCUGUUUUGCCUCUACUUGCCACAGAGAAGUUCAUGGACAUACGGUGCAAAUACGGUGUCCCAUCUUUGCCCUAUAAAGUAUUAUCUAAUCUAAUCAUUGGUAUAGAUUAGAUGUAGAUCUAGAUAUAUAAUCAUAAUGGAAUUGUGAGUAUUAAUCCUUAAAUCCAGAAUUAUUAUGUGACCUCAAGAACACUCAAAUGUGUGAUCUUUAAAUGGUCAGAAAUACAUCCUUCAUGUCUUGUAUUUGUUAUUGUCUGUUGUUGUUGCAUUACACAUUUCAUAACUGGAUAUUUAAAAAAUGUAAACUUAAAUUCAAAAGUUGAUUAACAUCACAGAUGUUGAAGAAUAAAAUACUUCUGUAUUAUUGAA